AUUACUUUAUAUUGGUAUUGUUGUAUUAUAUAAAUGUAAACCAAUUUAUGAUGUAAAUCUAUAUAUUUGUGGUGGUCCAUGUUAUUCAUUAGAAUUAGGUCUUGGUUUAUUUGAUUGGGUUGGAAAUGGUAUUAGUAUGGAAAUGGCAACAUUAAUUGUUAAUGUAAUAGUUACUAUACGUCAUUUUAUACAACGUUAUCGAAUGAAACGAACAGUUCUUACAGCAGAUGGACGUCGACAAUGGAAUCGAUCAGUAAAAUUAGGUGCGCAACUUAUUGCAAUAGGUAUGAUUUAUGUGAUUGGUUGGGUUCCAUAUUCACUCAUUGUAUUGAUCCAAAUGUUUAAAGGUUCUGAAGAACUUGCUGAUAUUCUUUCGAGAGUUUUGGCUUAUUUCCCAUAUUUUCAAGAAUUAAUACUUCCUUUUGUUGCUAUUUUAUACAUGCCAGAAAUAAAAGGAAAACUUAUUGCUUUAUGUGUGUUUCCAUGCAGGAAUCUUAAACGACGUCAUCAAAAUCAAGUUCAAGUCAUUCAUCUUCAACAAACUACAAGCCAUUUUCAAUCACGAAUUGUCAGUCAUCGUUAA